UAUUUUCUAAUUCGACGCCAUUUUCUUUUCAUCGGUGGCGUAAUUUAGGCGAAAUUGUCUGAUUAUAAAAAUAAAAGAUAGUUUAUAAAAGGUAAAGUAGCAGCGGCAAUUUUUUAGUGAUCAAAAUAAUAAACAAGAUUCCUGUUUAUAAAAUUUUCCUUCGCCAUAUUACCGAAAUGGACGAUAUUAAGCAGUUGUUGCAGCACAAUGGUCUCCAGUAUGUGUUGUCGGAGUCGAGCUCCGCCAGUGAGAGCGAAGAAAGCACAAUUUCAGCUUUUAAAAUCGGCCAAAAGGUUGACCAGCAAGGUCGUAUGCCAACCAGACGGCCCAACCCGAAUGUGCACAACAGAAACGCUUUGUUAGCACGGGAAAAUCGUCGCAAGAAAAAGGCACAUUUAGAGGCAAUGGAGAAGGAGUUGGAGGAAGUGCGGGCGGCAAACAAGCAUCUUAAGAAGGCUUUGAAGCAGCAAAUGAAAGCAGUUGAACAACUCCAGCGGGAGAAAAGGUAUUUUCAGAGCGUUAUAACAAAUCACAAAGAAAUAGAGAAUCUUAUUAAAGCUCUGAAUGUUCGAAUGCAUAUGCAGCAGUCGUCGAAUGCGAAUUCACCGAUGUUGAGUUCACCUGGGUAUGGAGACAGUUCUCCAUCAUCAAACAUUUCGCAGCAUGUAGCCAACAUGGACAAGGGUUUACAAAAUGACGACUUCGUUCGAAAUCCUAUUUAUACAUCGGAUACUUCAAAUAAUGAUCUCGUUACUUCAUCUAUUUGUAAUGAUACAUGGUCCGAUCUCCUCGAUGAAGAUUUUCAAACGGCAGACCUGACACAAUUAACAACGGUUGCAAAUGAACACAGUUACGCAGAAUUAGGACAAAUGAUUUCGUCAAAUAGUACAGGAGAAGAUGCGGGCAUUUGUUUACAUAUAAGGCAAGGGGAAAUUUCUCUGGAAUUCUGCCCAAGUUGCAGUUGGAAUGCAAAUAACAAUUCCACUGCAGACAUUUUGCAGAAUUAAUUUUUGUUAUUAAAACUUUGUUUUUACUUUUAGCGAUACGUAGUGUUUAUAAUGAAUAUUUGAAUCUUUAAUUAAAUGUAAGAAGGAUUUGGAGUGCAUAAAAUAAUAAGCUCUUGACUGGCACAAGACUUAUCAGCUCCCAAGCUUAUGGAACUUGGUAAAAUUAUAAACGUUUUGUAUUGUAGUCACUAUUUUUUCAACGAGUUCUAGUCGGAAGAAUUAUAGCUGUAUAUUUUGUAGGAAACUGAAUUGAGAGCACCUAAACUUGAAAUAUAAACAUAUAAAAAGAACUUUUGAACAGAAUACUACUUAUUGAACCUUAGUUUUAUACCCUCGCACAUUUGUGAUCAGGGGUAAAUUAAUUUGCUUCAUAUUUGCUUGUAUGUAAAAGCCUAAAAUAGUCGAGAUAUAAUAGACUUGUACUUAGUCUUGCCAUAAAUUCUGUGACAAAUUUUACGAUGGAUAUGGAAGAAUGAAUUCGCAGAAAGAAGUGCCGUUAGUUUUGCUUUUCGUAUACAUUGUCUACUCAUAAAUUAUAUUCAGUUUCGUUACAAAUUUCGCUUGUUAAUAAUGGAGUGGGAAGCUAAGGAAAAUCGCAUUGCAGUGACUGCAUUACAUACAAGUGAGAUUUUUAGAUUUAGAAUUGCUGAAAAAACUUAAUGUUUCGAAAAUGUUUGUUUACCGCACAAUCAAUCGUUUUCCCAAACGUCUGAAGUGACAGACAGAAAAAGGAGUGGUCGUCCUCGCGUGGUUCGAACUAGUGCAGCCAUAAAACCGUUCGAUAAAGAAUUUGCAGAAAUCCCCUUAGAAAGCAGAGAAUCAUGUCCAGGGAAUUGAAUGUUUCGACCAGAUCAAUUGAUAAUAAUUUGACAACGCGCUUGAAGAAAAUUAGACUCGACAGAUGAAAGCAACAUCUUCGGUGGCACGCGGUCAACAGCCAUGAAAAUAUUUUCACAGAUGAGAAAAUUUUCACAGUUGAAGAGUUUUUAAUAAGUAAAAUGACAAAAUCUAUGCUAAAACUUAUAAAGACGCAAAAAAUAUUGUUUCAAGGGUUCAGUGUGACCACCAUUCAGCCUCGGUAAUGGUUUGUUGGGGAGAGUCUUGUAAAAGCGCUACAUCUUUUCAUUUCUGCAAACAGUGGCGGUGGCAAAAGUGUACCAGGAGGUUGUCUUAAAAGACGUGGUGAAGCAGUUGAGCAAUACUCUCUUCAAUGGAGAGCUUUGGAUCUUCCAACAAGAUUCAGCGCCAGUCCAUAAGCCAAAAACUACCCAGCAGUGGAUAAAAAAAAUUAUUCCUGGUUUCAUAGCCGCAGAAGAUUGGCCGUCUGAAUCCUUUGGACUACAGUUUGUAGUCAGAAUUGGAGAACAAUAUUUACAUGAUUAAAUAAAACUAACUUUAUUAAAAAAGUAUUAUAAUUUAUAUGUAUAACGGAGUUAGCUUGUAACAGAACUUAUGGCAGGACUAGGUAUAUACCACAAUACAUACUCAAAAUGAUGAAAUAAUUGUUUUUGCUGUUGUAGCAGCAUAAACAUUCCCCACACAUAUACUUGGAGUGUUGCUUGAAGUAACAGUUCUUGGUCGGAUAUAAAUCCGGGUCGUUCCGGUUACGUAGAAUCCACUUUCGUGGGAACGAGAAACGAAAAAUUUGGAUAAUGGGCGGUGCUAUAGGCAUUGAAAGGCCAUCAAUAAAUAAAUACAAUGGGUAAAUUCGAGUACAUAUAUUGAUAACGAUUUAAUAAAGCAUGCCCAAACUGAGUAUUCCCGAUUCCUUUCGUCACAUAUAUGUAGUUCCGACAUAAAUAUUAUUGAGAUGGGAUACUCGUAAGCAUGCCCAAACU